AUGCUUUUCAAAGUAAAGAAAAAUGGGAAAGUUUCAGAAGAGCAUAUGAAUACUGUCAGUGAUUUGACAGAUGAAAUCACAACUUUGAUGGACGAUAAACUAGGUACAGAGGAAUCCAAAGACAUUCCAAGACCAGCAUCUCAACAACUAUUUACUGUGGCCAAUCCCAACUCACAAAUUCAACAGCCAACAACUUCUAAAAUUGACAGUCAAAAGAAAAAGAGAAAAAUUCAGGAUACUGACAUUCCAAGACCAGCAUCUCAACAACUAUUUACUGUGACCAAUCCCAACUCACAAAUUCAACAGCCAACAACUUCUAAAAUUGACAGUCAAAAGAAAAAGAGAAAAAAUCAGGAUACUGACAUUCCAAGACCAGCAUCUCAACAACUAUUUACUGUGGCCAAUCCCAACUCACAAAUUCAACAGCCAACAACUUCUAAAAUUGACAGUCAAAAGAAAAAGAGAAAAACUCAGGAUACUAAUUUGUUUGCGACCACUUCUGCUACAGAUAUUCCUACAGAACCUGCUAGAACCAAAGAACUGAAUUGGUUCUGUGAAUAUUUAAAUGAUCAAGACAUGAGAAAUAUCCAUAAGAAAAGUUUAUACAGUCCAAAACAUUCUAAAAAUCUAAAUGCCUCUCUUCAAGGACUUACACAACAAGAACUAAACAAUUUAUCUAGACGAAAAAAAAGGCAGUGUCCUCAGAAUAGACAGACAGAAAAUGCGAAGAGGAAUUUAACUCGCAAAGAACGACGAAACAUACCUGAGGUUAAGGAUCAGGAAAAUGCAAGAAGGAAUGAAACUCGUUCACAUAGACGAAGCAUGACUGAGGUUAAGGAUCAGGAAAAAGCUAGAAGGAAUGAAACUCGUUCACAUAGACAAAGCAUGAAUGAAGUUAGAGAACAAGAAAGUGUGAGGAGAAAUAUAACUCGUCAAAUACGACGCAAAAUACCUGAAGUUAGAGAUCAGGGUAAUGCUAAAAGACAAAACACUCGUAAAGAUAGACGCAGUAUACCUGAAGUUAGAGAACAAGAAAGUGCUAGGAUUAAAUAUUUCAUUGGAAAUAGUCCAUUAUAUCAAGAGGAAGCAAUACAAUUGGAUACCUCUUGGACAUCAGAAAAUACAAAUAUCAUCAACUUUGCAUCAGAAACUGACAUUGAAGUGAUCGAAAGCCAUGAAAAAUUAGUGCAAAUGCAGUCUGCAAAAAAUCAAAGAGCACAAGGCAAUAAUUUACCACACAGUAAACAGAACCAAGAAAAGAAUAAAUUGAUCUCAGAUGAAAAUGAUGAUAACUGGGUAGAACAAUCUGAUGAAGAAGUGUCAGGUUCAGGGAACAAGGACACUUUACUACAAGAUUUAGACUUUACAGAUGAUGAAAUUGGGAGAUAUGCCAUUUGGUAUCGUACUACCUUAACAAAGCAAUCUACUCCACCUCCUUGUUACUACAAACCUACUCAACCUCCUGGUUACUACAAACCUACUCCACCUCCUGGUUACUACAAACCUACUCCACCUCCUGGUUACUACAAACAUACUCCACCUCCUGGUUACUACAAACCUACUCCAACUCAAACAGAGUUAUACCAUCUACACAAAUUCCAGCUGUAA